GUUUUUGUUUUAAAUAACGACAAUUUUUACACCUUUAAAAUAAAUGUUCUUCAAGAGAAUUUGUCAAACGCAGCCAAUGUGUUUUCUGGGCUUUCUUAUGCAGACAGUUUUUCUUUCUGAGCAGAGCGAGAUCACAGCCCCUGUUUCUGUUUUAUAAUUAAUACAUUGUAUUUGAAUGCUUGAUUAUUAUCUCCAGAAAGGCUUCUUAACAAAGAGGUCUGACUAUAUUUACGACAGAAGAAAUAAUUCAACAUGUGAGAGAGCAUCUAAAUGUCAGCGUAGUGAAGACCAAAACGGCCCGACUUGCCAGUUUUCUGAGUGCUGCAUGAACACGUCUACAUAAUUUUUUAAGAGUGGUGCAUCUUUGAUUUUCUUUCAUGAUUUCUGUGAAUUCUUUUUACCUUCUUCCCGUCUUGUCUUACGUGUUAAAUCAUGUUCAGUUUGCACAUCAACAAGAGAGGAAAGCAAAGAUUCUUCUUUCCAUUUCCAGAUGAGCCCUUCUUUCCAUCUCGGCGUCUCUCAGCUCACCCUCCUCUCCCUCACUCUCCUCCUUUCCGUCCCACGCACCGUCACAUCGUACCCCCACUCCCUCAACGCCCUCCUACCCAGGGAGGAUGGACAAGACCUGGAGUCUGCCCUCCUUCAACUCCAGGUUGCUCUGGACGACCCGAGCAUGGCCUGGCUCAUCCCUCCAAACGCCCCCCUGCUGGGCCUGCUGGAGACCAGGAGGGAGGAGGAGGAGCGGCCCUGGGAGGAGGAGGUUCUGCUGAGGACCCAGAGAGGAGACCUGAAGGCCCAGCUGCUGUCACCUUUCCCCGGCGGUCACUCUCUGGAGAGCAUGAGCUAUCAGGACGGAGGAGAGGAUGGAGGGAAGAGGAACGAUGCUCUGACCUUCAUCGCCGGAGGACUCCAAGCUGUCAGCCGGGAGAAAGGAGGAUUCGGUUUCCGCUUUGGGAGGAAAUAAUGGACAGUCGGGGGAGGGAUGGAUGAUGGGAGAGGGGGGGACAAGAAGUGAUGAGGAGGGGUUUAAAACGGGAAGCUUUGAGGAGCUUCUUUCAGUAUCAGGUUGAUGAUGCACUCAGCAAUUUUCUUGGCAAUGCAGACGGCUCCCAGCAACUGGCUAGAACUGAAGCGUGUUUAAAUGCUUCAUAGCAACCAAAUGUUGCUGGAAAAAAUUGCACGUUGGCUCACUCUGUUGAAAAGUAGAAAGCAGUAUGAUGCUAAGAGCAGAAGGCUACUGACGCAGAUUCCUAUUGAUUUUCAUCUUUUGUAAUCUAAGUGAAAAAAGAUGAAAAACACUUCACAAUGCUACAGUGGAUUACUUCAGCCGGUUAAUGCGCCAAAUUAAAGUUUGUCCACCAAAAGUGACUGUUUCUUUGUCUCUGAAAGACUCAGAUUUCUGUUCUUUGUGUUUAACUUCUUACAGAAAAGUUACCUACCACAAAGUGUAGACUUAUGGAAGCCCGAAGCAGACAUACCUCCAAACAUUAGAUUUUUCUCUGUCUUCCAUGGUGACGAGUAAUUUCCAGCUACCUCGUUAUCUCGGGACGACACUGCUUUUAACAAGUUAAUGUCUCGAGAUCUUGUGAAAUCAGCUGAUGAGCUGGCGGGACGAUCAGCGUUGUGACCCCGCAAUAACGACAUAAAUAAGUCAAGAUCUCGGAAAUUAAUCAACCAAUGUUUAUCGCUGAUAAACAGGCGUUGUUAUCUCGAGGUAAUUAAGACUUUGGAUCGAUAUUUACUCGUUAUCGCAGGAAAAAGAAGGAAGAAUAAAUGCAUGUCUUCUUCGGGCUUCCGUAGUCCAAACCUCUCUGUUCUUUUCUUUCAUUGUCCUUCUGUUGUUUUAUGUUUGAUUGAGAGUUUACGUGACGGACUCUCUCAAAGAUGAACACUGAGUAAUAAUUUGCAAAUGUGGUAAAAAACAAACAAACAAAUUACUAAAUGAAAAACUUUUUUUUGUUGUUAAGUAAUUUGAAAGAUUUCUGCUCUUACCUCCAGUUUCCACAUACUCCGUGUGUGUCCUAGUUUGCUGCCUUUCUAGUCAUGAUUGAGUUUCCACAGCGAGCACCGCAGUUCAUCUCCGGAGCCGCAGGGAUAAGCUAAUGUUUUGCACAUUUAUAAUAACUGAUGUUUUUAUGUAAUUGUUCCAUUUAUUUUCUGUGCAGCAUUAUC